AUGCCGCCAGCGAGCAUUUCGCUGGUUUUGGUGGCGGUGGCGGUGGCAGUGGCUGUUUUACCGGCUGCGGCGCUGUUUGGUGGUGAAGGGAAGAGCUUGACGUUGACUCUAGAAAGGACGAGUCAUGACGGAGUGGAGAUGAGUCAACUCAGGGACCGUGACCGAGCCCGGCAUGGUAGAAUCUUGCAGCAACAGCUGACGGGGGUGAUUGAUUUCCCAGUUGAAGGAACCUACGAUCCUUUUCUUGUUGGGCUAUAUUAUACAAGAGUUAAAUUGGGGACUCCUCCAAAAGAAUUCUAUGUACAGAUUGAUACUGGAAGUGAUGUUUUAUGGGUCAGUUGCAACUCCUGUAAUGGCUGCCCAACAUCCAGUGGACUCCAAAUUCAGCUUGAGUUCUUUGAUCCUAGGAGCUCAUCGACGGCUUCGUUGAUCUCCUGUUCAGAUCGAAGAUGUGAUUUGGGAUCAGAAUCUUCCGAUUCGUUGUGUUCGGGUCAAAACCAGUGCAGUUAUAGGUUCCAGUACGGUGAUGGCAGUGGGGCCUCUGGUUUUUAUGCAUCGGACUUGAUGUAUUUUGACACAAUAAUUGGGAAUUCGCUGGCCUCAAAUUCUUCUGCACCUAUUGUUUUUGGCUGUAGCACAUCGCAGACGGGGGACCUUACCAAGAUGGAUAGGGCAGUUGAUGGUAUAUUUGGUUUUGGACAGCAGGGUUUCUCUGUUAUUUCACAGCUUUCAUCACUAGGAAUCACCCCGAAUGUGUUCUCUCAUUGCUUAAAAGGAGGUAAUGGUGGCGGUGGCGGUGGCGGCGGCAUAUUAGUACUCGGUCAGAUUGUGGAGCCAAAUCUCGUAUACACUCCACUUGUCCCGUCACAGCCACAUUAUAACUUAAAUUUGCAGAGCAUUGCUGUUAAUGGGCAGAUAUUACCCAUUGAUCCAGCAGUGUUUCAAACAUCUAAUAACCGGGGAACAAUAAUUGAUUCUGGAACGACUUUGGCAUACCUCUCAGAAGAGGCUUAUGAUCCUUUUGUAAACGCUAUAACGCAGACAGUUUCACAAUCUGUACGCCCUCUUGUUUCUAAGGGAAUCCAGUGCUAUCUAAUUACCUCCAGUGUCUCCGAGAUAUUUCCCCCAGUUAGUUUAAACUUUGCUGGUGGGGCAUCAAUGCUACUGAAGCCUGAAGAUUACCUCUUACAGCAGAACUCCAUUAGUGGUGCUGCAGUAUGGUGCAUUGGUUUUCAGAAACUUCAGGGUCAAGGGAUUACGAUUUUAGGAGACCUUGUCCUGAAAGAUAAAAUUGUUGUAUACGAUUUGGCUGGUCAACGGAUUGGAUGGGCCAAUUAUGAUUGUUCAUCUUCCGUGAAUGUCUCUACAAGCACUGGCAAUGGCAAAACUGAAUUUUUCAACGCGGGACAACUCCCCUUGGCUCUUCCAUCAUCCGCUCUCCCUUCCCUCCCUAAGCCAUGCUCCUGUGGUGCAGGCCUACCAUUCUCCGUGGUUGCAGCAUUUUUCGCUAGACAUCCUUUGUAA